AUGUCUUCACGCGACAAGAAACCCUCAAAAUCCUCGACCAGCCGCGCCGGCGGCAUCCGGACACUCUCCGACUUGAAUCGGCCCUCUGGUCAUGACUCGGACAGCGACUCUGAUGGCCCACAGGAGUACUACACCGGUGGCGAAAAGAGUGGUAUGCUUGUCCAAGAUCCUUCAAAGGGUAAUGACGUGGAUGCUAUUUUUGAUCAAGCAAGGCAGUUGGGUGCUGUGCAAAGCCCCUUGGAAAAUCUUAAUCCAUCUUCAGGCUCAAGAAGCUUUACUGGGACUGGAAGGUUACUCUCGGGUGAAACUGUGCAAUCUGCUGCUCUGCCAUCUGCUGCUCCCCAGCAGCCUGAGUCAGUUGUACACAGCAUUGUUUUCUGGAGAAAUGGUUUCACUGUUAAUGAUGGACCUCUGAGAAGGUUGGACGAUCCUGAAAAUGCACCUUUUCUGGAGAGCAUCAGAAAUUCCGAGUGCCCUAAAGAGCUGGAACCUGCAGACAGGAAAUCAUCUGUUCACGUGAAUCUUGUAAGGAGGGAUGAGAACUGCCCUGAACCAGAGAAACUUCAGGUUCCAUUUCAAGGUAUGGGUAGAACUCUGGGAAGUAGCUCCGCAACUGAGAACGUGGUCGAGCCAACUGUUUCUUCUCCCCUCAGAACUGCUCCAGCACCUUCUGUAGGCUUGGUUGUGGACCAAUCACUGCCUUCCACCUCAAUUCAGCUUCGAUUGGCUGAUGGAACACGCAUGGUAGCAUGCUUCAACUAUCACCAUACUAUAGGUGAUAUCCAUUCCUUCAUUGAUGCUUCUAGGCCGGGGGGAACCAGGACUUACCAGCUGCAAUCAGUUGGAUUUCCUCCCAAAGUUCUCAUGGAUCCGAACCAGACAAUCGAGGAAGCCGGGUUAUUGAAUUCAGUCGUUAUUCAGAAACUGUGA